CGCAAGCAUGGCGGCCUCGUUCGGGCUGUAUUUCGGCAAUACCAACCUUUGCCUGGCGAUUCACAAGGAUGGCAACACAGAAGCUGUCACCAAUGACUCUGGUGACCGAGUCACCCCUGCAAUCAUUGCAUUCUCAAAUGGAGAGAAGUCAGUGGGCCUGGCCGCCAAAAGCGAGAUGGCUCGCAACCCAGGUGGCACCAUCUGCAACCUCAAAGGCCUGCUAGCCGCCACCUCACCCGAGGAGGUGCAACAGAUUGCAAGUGACAGCCCAUGCAAGAUAGUGGCUGAGGGAGACCAGGUGCACUAUGAGGUGUCCUCCGCAGACGAUGAUCGUAGCACUCGGCAUACACGCAACGAUGUUCUGCUCUACCUCUUCCGCAAGAUGCACGAAUUCGCUGAAAGCCAAGGGAGCGACGAGUAUCCUACCGUGGUGACGGUGCCACCAGAAUUCAGCGAGGAGCAGAGGCAGCUUGUCGCGUGUGCCGCCACCAAGGCAGGUUUCCAAGUAUUGCGGCUAGUCAACGAGCCCACUGCAGCAGCCUUGGCCUAUCACAUGGGCACAGCCCCAUCACCAGAUGUCUGCCGGUACCUGCUGUACCGCCUGGGUGGUCGCACGGCGAGUGCAAGCGUGGUUGCAGUGUGCAACGGUGCCUACCGCCUCGUGGCCCAUGCCUCUGCACAACCUGCCCUGGGUGGCCGGGACUUCACCGCUGCGGUCGUCGACCACUGCGCCCAGGAAUUCAAGCGCCAGAGCCGCGGGGCCGACCUGCGGGAGAGCCGGCGAGCGCUGGCACGGCUGUGGAAUGCUGCCGAGACGGCCAAGCACGUGCUGGCAACACUUGAGACAGCCCAGUGCUUUGCCGAGUCCGUCUACGAGGGAAUGGAUAUCAACCUCAACAUCAGCAGGGCUCGGUUUGAGUCCCUGCUGGGCUCCUUGCUGAACCGAUGUGCAGAGCUCGUCGACGAGGUCCUGCGACAGGCCAGCCUCGAAGCUUCCGACAUCCACAAGGUGGUGCUGUGUGGUGGCUCGACAAAGGUGCGCCGACUGCGCAGCCUCCUGGCAUCGCGCUUUCCCACAUCACAGCUCCUGGACACCCACAGCCCCGAUGAAGUGAUCGCCCUGGGUGCAGCCAUGCAGGCAGCCCUCCUGUCCUCUCGGGGCGAGUUAGUCCGGGACGUUCCCCACCACGUGCAAGUUCCAGCCCUUGCCCGCAGUGUCUGCAUCAAGACUGGUGCAGAAGGCUUAAUGACUGAGGUGCUGGGACGAGGAACGCCAGUACCUGUACGAUGGCAGCAAGCGGUGUCCCGGGCGGAAGGCGAGAGCAGCGUCAUGCUCGAGGUGUACGAAGGCGGUGGCGAUGGCCAAGAUCCCACCCUUCUAGCUCGGGUCUGCAUGGAGGGAUUGGAGGAGGAGUCUAAACCUGUUGCCAGUGUGAGCAUCCGCAGCGAUGGGUCAGUCCAUGUUUCGUGCACAGACAAGCACAAUGGCCGCACUGAAUCCGUCACGCUGGAUCCGACGACCACUACUGCCACACCAGAUGCUUCGGGAAGCUGACGAUGCUGCUUCUUUAACUUAGGUUUCUCGCUUAAGCAGCCCUGCUCGGCUGUCGUAGUCAGUGAACAUGUUUUUCGCCGGCCUCUCUGUCUGUGAAUUGUUCUUUUUUUUUUUUUUGCACCAGUCAGCGGCACGGGUGUUGGUGUCCUUCGUGAUGCGUGAAACUUGACGACAGAAGCAACGGCGAGUGCCCUGGGAGAAACGUUUUUUUACGUUAGUCUCCACGUCGUGAUGUGUUUUGUAAGGUAUGCGGUGUGAGAGUACUCAUGAUGCUUGUAGGCUGGCAGUUGAUGUUUGUUUUGUUUGUUCAUUUUUUUUUCUUCUGUGUAAAUACAGUGUUAUGUUAGGCAGGUCUCUGUCAAAAGCAGAAUGUGCCACCAUCUGCCGAAAGCUUUUGAAGGCACGAGCAUUGAGGACCAGAGUGUAUUAUCGACAAAAUUACGUCAUGUGGUGGAAUGGCCACUAGGCCUUUUUUUUUUAAGCUUCAGAAUGGCGAGAGAGGUCAAGGACCUGGUCAUGGUGAUGAUGACUAAUUGUGGCAUUGAAAGCAUUGCAGAAGAUCCUCCCCAUUUUGUUGCUAUCUCUCAUGGGCUCAGUACGAGUCUUGCUUAUCGUCUCAAGCACGCGUUAAACAAUAUGACACUGCCUCGAGGUUCUUGUUGCCCUGGGCUGCUUACGCACAGAACAAGGUUCAACUCUUGUUUUAUGUCAUUUCAUAAAAAUUUGUUUGGAACCAAUUUGGAUGCUUUCCUGUUUUUCUCUUUGUUGAGGGGAGGGGUGUAGGAAUUCUGUCCUACAACCUGGUGGUGGCAUUGAAUGCCAAAUGUUAUGCUCUCUUAUGGCAUCUUCGGCUGGUAGUGUUGGAGUGCUCUAGACUACUUUCAUGAGCAGCAUUGUCUUCUACUGGUUUAAAGAGGGCAUGCCUUACAUUCACCUGGUUCUUUGCGAUCACUGUCCACUUGGUUGAGCAUUCUCAGGCGCUCAGAGCCCAGUGGUCCAGAGUCAGAGUGGUUCCGGUCACGUGUUCACAGCAUGGUGUUGCAGCAUCGCCAAUAUCGGUGGCAGUCGACAGUAAUCCAGGCCACUGCGUGCUGGGGUCAUAACGAACGAUCGUCCUGUCGGUGUGUCCGCCGUAUUUUCUGGCACCGUCGGGAGCAUGCCGAGACCUUUGGCAAGGCUUCGACACGAAAUGUGAUUUUUUUCUUUAGUCACGUGGUUUUGUUUCUGUCAUUUCCUCCUCGGAGAGCAAGUCAUACAUUCGACUUGCGAGCUUGUCCUCUGCAUCCGAGUUCGAGGAACACUGGGUCUGCUCAACUCUGAAUUAGAAUAUGGAGGUGACCAGUCGAAGGUGCCAUGCCAUUAAUGCAACAUUCUAGCAUUUGUGCUCAUGUCACCCUUGCAAACACUCCAAAACCUUUAUACAGUCAAACCUAAAUAGUUUUAACAAUAUAUCAGAAUAACAAAGAGCAGCCACAGCACCGCAAAAUAAAUCGCUGACUACAAUGUUCCCAUGCUGUGUUAUUGGUCAAAACAAUUAAAUCUGGCUACUGGGUGUCUUUGCCAAAAGGAAAAGCAACACGAAAUCCCUGGCGGGAAAAAAAUAACAGCUCCCGUUCUCGCCUGUGUGCUGGGUACCCCUUCACUGCAUCACCACCCUUGCAUGCGUCUUUCCCAUCUCCCUUCCUCCCCUCCGCAAACACGAGUCAACUGCACCGACAGCUGCCAACGCCCACUGGGGCAGUCAAUUUCUGUUUCAGAGGGGUGGAAGGGAGAUAGGAAGGAGGCGUGCGAGGCUGGUGAUGUGACAGGUGUACACGCAGCACACCUUUGCCAGCUCUCAAGUGUUUUUUGUUUUUUUUUCCUGGAUUUCAUGUUUUCUUUUUGGCACAGACACCCAGUAGCCUGAUUUAAUUAUUAUAACCAAUAACACGGUGUGGGAACAUUCUAGUUAGCAGUAUGUUUUACCGGCACGCUCAGAAGUUCACAGUGCUGUAGCCACUCAUUUUAACUUUAUAAAAACCGGUAAUGUUAUAAGUGGGUUCAGCUCUAUCUCGUCAGUGUUUCCCAACCCUCGUACUUGUUAACUGCCAUCCUUUCACGUGCGAGACGCACGUGAUAAGAGUGUUGACUACCGGUACUCAUUUAGUUUUGCCAGAGUUUGCGACAUUUAAGGGCAGUAAAGGUUUUUUUUACUGUGGAAGUACGAAAUGCCAGUCCAGAAAAGGCAUAAAACUGCACACGUGCACAAUGUGCCUGUUACACAAACUACCUAUAGGUUGUGAAAGUGUUGGGUUCUGCAGCAUUUCCUGUACCAAGAUGCAGGGGCAUGGUUGGUACCGUUGAAAAAGGCACUAACUCUGUAGGAGUAGUUUUGCAGUACAUUGCUACAAGCGCUUUAGUGAAGGAAGUAAAACAAGGGAAAUGUUUCAUAACCUGAGCCAACACCCCCCCCCCCGUCCCUUCUUAAUAGUGCCUGUCCUCCGCCACAUUGUUUGUCAGCAGACGCGCUUCACUUUGCUACGAAUGCGGUCUGGCUGUAAGGGGGCCUCGUGGUGUACCGAUGCGCACAGAACGCGUACUUCAAGAAAGGGAAAAGACAGAUGCACACUCCCUGCUAUAGUUUUAUUACACGCGAACCUACCUCUUUCAGGCGCUGCAUUUACAAUUGUAUAGGUCUAGACAACGCCUUAAAAUUUACCGUAUUUGCACAAAUAUAACGCAACAUUUUUAAAAUUAUCUAUUUUCAGCCUAAAACAUGCCUCGCAUUAUAUUCUGGUUCGUGACAUGGAUAUACCAAUUUUUUUAUUAUUUUUAUUUUAUUCUGCUGCUUCAAACUGCACGGAGCUAAACCACUAGGCAUCGCCGCGAUUGCCAUCACGUACGUAGUCUUGUUCAAAGCUUUCACGUGUACAAUUGUGCCGCAGGCACUUCUCAAGUGCUGUCUGUCCAAUAACCUUGAAGGAUGACGCAUUCUCACCAAGUGACGAAAACGGCAGUAACAAGUAAAUUGUGUAUGCACUCAAUCUUUCACCUAAUUUUACGACGGCAGUUUGCAGUAACGACGAAUAAAGCAUUGUGGGCAUCUGCUUUUAUGCGUCUUUUCCUGUUUCUUUGCAGCAUUACUUUGCGUUGUAACGGUAAUAUGUAUUUUUUUUUUCUUUCUUCGAGAGGCCAAAAGUCCCCCCUCGCAUUAUAUUCGCGAUUGCAUUAUUUACGUCCAAAAGCAGUAAAAUCUGAAGCACCAAUGAAUCUGAUGUGAUUAACAGUGAUCUAACAAGGGUUUUUGGAGCCAGUGUUCCAACAACAGUGUUAGCUCUAGAUCUAGAGACGCCCCUUAUUCAACCAGUGUUGAUACUUCAAGUUUUCAUCUUGCCGUGUACCUCUGUCUUUAACGACCCUAACACUUUGUUAGUGCUUCUGAUUAGAUAUUUUUGGUUUGACCUGUGCUCCAGAAUUUGUUGAUAUGUGUCAAGUGUGCUAGAGCACAUUCACACCGACGAGCAAUGGUCGUGCGACCACCUCGGUCGCAAAUGCUGGCUGUGGUCGAAAAGCGACCGUUUUAGGGCAGUCAUUCACUGUGGAGUCGUUCAACUCAGCGAGAGGCAUGUCAACGCAUUAAGUUGGCACAUGCAAGUGAAGGUGCAUUGCCAUGGCCACGUUUUCUGUGCCAGAGGUGCUGUCGCCAUCGGAGUACGUCAACUGCAGUGAAACAUGUGAAUCAAGCAGACCUCCAGCGAGUCUCGCGUUCAUAUUGGCAGUGGAAAAAUGAUGAAAACAUGAACACAAAGAAAAAAAUGAAUUGGACGGGAUGAGUUUGUCACUCCUAGUAGGAAUUCAAGUUGUAUAGCAACCAACUUAGCCUGGCUUGACUCAAGUUAGUCACAUCAAUAUAGCCAUCAAUACACAUUGGGAACAAGAAUAACAAGUGAAAGCCAGUGAGAGGCAAGCAUGUGCACAGUAGCAUGAUAUGCGUGUAGCUUGCUUUGAAUUUUUCUAAAUUGUGGAGAAUUUUGUUUUUUGUGGUAGGCAGGACACGAAGCAUAGUAGACGUCUCUCUUGAUGUCUUGUCUUUUUCUGUAUGCUGUUUAAUCAUUUGGACGUAAACUUGUUCACACGCCUACAAAUGGCAGGUCGUGUUUGCCGACGCGAACAUUACGAGAUGUUGCUUGGUUGCCAGUCGUCAUUUGUGCAACCUCCGUCAGUUGCCACUGUAAAUACACCUUGGAAUGGUGGCAGGUUGGACUAGCUGGUAAUCCAUUCAUAUUGCAAAAAUGUAUACCGCAAUGCAAGGAACAAGACACGAGCGCUCGUUUUUCUUGUCACUUUGCUCCCUGGGUCGCACUGUUCACCUCUGGAACACGAGCAUUAAUACACCUUCAGAAAAAAGGGUUUCAAAGCAGAAAUGUGCGUAUUUGCUGUGAUGCCAAUAUGUCGUCUUGUAGCGUUUUUUAUUUUUACAACAAUUUGCGAUGAGAAAAUUUCUCAAGUGGCUCACUGUUUGUGAAGAGCAAUGUAGAUGAAAUGGAUGUUGAUGUUGUGUUCCCGCACCUGAAUAUUUUGUGAGUUCAGGCUUAGAGUUCACAUUUGUGAGUGCGACAAAGCUCACUGAUAAAUUUCUCAAUCUGUUCUGUCAAAGCACGUUUUUCAUGAGACUGUGGAUGCAAGAAACGUGUUAAAAUUAAAUCUUGAACGGACAUAUAAUCGACAGAAAAGGGGCUUAUUCAAGACCAUGACAGUGCAUCCUGUAAACACUGGAAGCAAAACGGAACUAACUAUUGAGAUAAACUUGUUUUUCACUAAACAAAAUCAUGUAUAUACAUCUAUGCGAUUGUGUAAUAAAGCUUUAGUUGAGAUUCA